AUGUUCGAGCAUUUAAAUGCAAGUGGUAGUCUAACGUCACCCUCAACGAUACAGUGGGGUUCCGAGGAACCGCUAAGUCGGAUUACCAAGGACGCUAGACUACAAGAAUCUUACCUCGCCCUUUCGAACGAGGCUGCAGUUCUCCGAUUCACUGACUGCGAAUCUUGGAAACUCUGGUGCAACGAACAAAGUAACAGUAGCAACAAUGAACGAAAGAAGAGAAAAGAUGAGGGAUCACUAAUUUUGUCCCAAGUUCAAUAA